GAACAGAUCAAUUAUCCCCCCUCCUGAACUCAGCGCCAACUCAUCCAUGUCAUUGACCAGGCUACCAUUAUCAACAACAAACUCUGGUAUAAACAAAAGGAUUUUGCACAUUUAAAUAUAUAUUGUUGCAACCAUGAGUUCGCCAUUGAGGCCCAAUAUGGACUCCGCGAACCGCGGAGCAGGAGGCAGAAACCUGGGCAAACGUGGCAGAGAUGAAGAUGAUGUGCCGACUUCUGGUUAUGCCUCCAGUCCUGCUGCCGCCAUCAUCCCAUCGUCGCCGCCCGCAUAUCAUCUUGACCGUGCCGACGACGACGACGAUGACAUAGUGGACGACUUUAUCGCGGAUAUCGACGAUGCAGAUGAGAUGGUAGAGGAGGACGACGGAAUUGAUCUCUUUGCGGACAACUUUGAGCGCGACUACGAGGCUCGCGAGGAUGACCAGUAUGGCGGUGACGAUAUCGACGAUGAAGGCGACCACGAGGAAUUGGAUGCUUCAACGAGACGCCAGCUAGAAGAGCGACUCAACAGGAGAGAUCGUGAGCUUGCUCGCCGACGCCGUAUGCCAGCAGCCUUCCUCCAAGAUGAGGAAGAAGACGAUGGAAUGGACCUCACCAACCAGCCCAGGCGCCGCCGCCAUCGCUAUGACGAGGAGCCGGAUGAAGACAUGAUGGACAAUAUCAUGGAAGAAGAGUUGACGCUGGAGGCCUUACAAGAUGUCAAAGCGACGAGUGUGGUGGAAUGGGUUGCCCUACCACAAGUUCAGAGAACGAUUGCAAGAGAGUUCAAGUCGUUCUUGACGGAAUACACUGAUGACAAUGGUUCCUCAGUCUACGGAAACAGGGUUCGCACGCUCGGAGAGAUCAACGCAGAGUCCCUUGAAGUGUCAUAUGACCAUCUCGGUACUUCAAAGGCUAUUCUGGCAUACUUCCUCGCAAACGCCCCAUCUGAGAUGCUGAAGAUAUUCGAUGAGGUUGCUAUGGAAGUUACACUGCUUCAUUAUCCCGACUACCAGAAAAUCCAUUCUGAGAUCCACGUCCGCAUCUCCGACCUACCUACCCAAUACACUCUCCGUGAACUCCGCCAAAGCCAUCUUAACAGCCUUAUCCGUGUCAGCGGUGUUGUCACACGCCGCAGUGGCGUCUUCCCUCAGCUUAAAUACGUCAAGUUUGAUUGCUCCAAGUGCAAAACUACCCUUGGACCUUUCAUGCAAGAAUCAAAUGUCGAGGUUAAGAUCUCAUACUGCCAAAGCUGCCAGUCUCGCGGCCCCUUCACCGUCAACUCUGAUAAGACUGUCUACCGCAACUUCCAGAAACUCACCCUCCAGGAGUCCCCUGGUACAGUACCCGCAGGUCGCCUACCUCGGCACCGCGAGGUCAUCCUUCUCUGGGAUCUCAUUGACUCAGCCAAGCCGGGUGAGGAGAUCGAGGUUACGGGCGUCUAUCGCAAUAACUAUGACGCCAAGCUGAACAACCGCAACGGCUUCCCUGUCUUCGCCACAAUCCUUGAGGCAAACCACGUUGUCAAGUUGCACGACCAGCUUGCCGGCUUCCGCCUCACAGAAGAAGAUGAACAGAAAAUCCGCGCUCUUUCUCGCGACCCGCAGAUCAUAGAGAAGAUCAUUGGCUCCAUGGCACCCAGCAUUUAUGGCCACACCGACAUUAAGACUGCUGUCGCCCUAUCUCUCUUUGGCGGCGUUAGCAAGGUUGGCCAAGGCAAACACAAGAUCCGUGGCGACAUCAACGUACUUCUCCUUGGUGACCCCGGAACCGCCAAGUCCCAAGUCCUCAAGUACGUGGAGAAGACUGCCCACCGCGCCGUUUUCGCAACAGGUCAGGGUGCUUCCGCGGUCGGUCUCACAGCCUCAGUGCGCAAAGAUCCUCUCACAUCAGAGUGGACUCUGGAAGGUGGCGCGCUCGUCCUUGCUGAUCGCGGCACCUGUCUGAUUGAUGAGUUCGACAAGAUGAACGAUGCCGACCGAACCUCCAUCCACGAAGCCAUGGAGCAGCAGACCAUCUCCAUCUCCAAAGCUGGUAUCGUCACCACCCUCCAGGCGCGCUGCGGCAUUGUCGCAGCUGCCAACCCCAAUGGCGGCCGCUACAACUCCACCCUCCCCUUCUCCCAGAACGUCGACCUCACUGAGCCCAUUCUCUCACGUUUCGACAUUCUCUGCGUUGUCCGCGAUACCGUCGAGCCAGAGGAGGACGAGCGCCUCGCUCGCUUCGUCGUCGCCUCUCACGGACGCAGUCACCCUGCCGCCGCCACCGGUGAGGAGGACACGGAGGGCGAGCGCAUGGAGGUCGAGCGCGACGGCCCGAAACAAGAGGGCGAGAUCCCCCAGGAGUUGCUACGCAAGUACAUCCUGUACUCGCGCGAGCGCUGUCGCCCGAAGCUGUACCAGAUGGACGAGGAUAAGGUGGCGCGCCUGUUUGCGGAUAUGCGCCGCGAGUCGUUGGCUACGGGAGCGUUCCCUAUUACUGUCCGUCAUCUUGAGGCUAUUAUGCGUAUCGCCGAGGCGUUUAGCCGCAUGAGGCUCUCAGAGUAUGCUUCCGCGAGGGAUGUCGACCGUGCCAUUGCCGUGACGGUGGAUAGUUUUGUUGGUGCGCAGAAGCUGAGCUGUCGCAAGGCGCUCGCCCGGUCGUUUGCGAAGUACACGCUUGCGAGGCCAGGGAAGGGAGUUCCAGUGGGCGUGACGGCCUAGAAUUGUUAUGUUGAAUGGACAUGUUAGAAUGAAUGGGUUUGCUGGAGGAGUUGAGGGACUGGGAGUGGGUUUAUGCGUAAUCAAUACCAAAUGUUAAUGCUUGAUGAGAACUACGCAACCACAUGGAAUAUCUGUAUUGCAAAUGGAGUACUGUAAGGAUCUUAACGCGAACAGCUCGAAAAAUGGUUACUUGCCUGUCCGAGACAGACUUGGAAACAUGGUAACGACGAUCCAAUACGUUGAUCUAAGAAUUUAAGUAAUAGAAGAGAGCAG